AUGGUCUACCAGAUCCACAUCUACGUCGACGGCGGUUGCAGAGGCAACGGCAAACCCGGGGCAGUUGGGGCAGCGGCAGCCUUGUUCAAAAAGCGCUUUGGCAGAUGGUCUCGAGCGUCCAAAAGGCUUCUUCCCAGAUUUCCAGCACCAACCAACCAGCGUGCUGAGAUCACCGCCAUCAAACUCGGCAUCGAGAAGGCCAUGGACAGGAUUCAUGAACUCCACGGACAUCCCAAAGUGCGCGUUGUGAUCUAUUCGGAUUCGGAUUACGCGAUCAAAUGCAUGACGACGUGGAUUUACAAGUGGUUGCGCAACGAUUGGACAAACGCUAGGGGAGUGGAGGUUGCGAACAGAGAUCUCAUCGAGGAGGCUUCCGAUCUGGAUGACACGUUGAGGACCAUGGCGAAAGUGAAGUACAAGUGGGUUCCCAGGAAUGAGACCAAGCGCGCGGAUGACUUGGUAAACGAGGCGCUAGAUGAGCAGUGA